AUGGCGCUCAAGGCGCAAGUUGCCGUCACGGGGCUUCUGAUGGUCCUGGUGCUGGCGAAUCAGGCAUCCGCAUCGUGGAUCAGCGAAGCGCUGUUCGCUUCAAACGGCUCGCACGAGAUCGCCCACGCUUCCAACCAGCGCAGCCUGCUGCAAGCUCCCCAAACCUUCGUCUGCCCCACCUUUUUCGGCCUCUGCCCCUUCUUCGGGCUGGGCCAAUUUGGCAACACGAUCCCCCUCUGCUGCCCCUCCUUCAUCGCCUGCCCCGGGACGCUCAUCGCCAUUCUGCUCAACUGCGAGGCGGCCCUGCCCGUUACCCCGGUGCCAACCCCGCCGGUGACUAUCACCACGAAACCAGUGACUACUCCCCCGGUGACUGCUCCCCCCGUCACAACACCCCCCGUGACUACUCCCCCGGUGACUACUCCCCCGGUUACCACUCCCCCGGUCCCAGAGACCCCCUCUCCCACGCCUUCCGGUUGUCCUCCGUGCCCGUGUCUUUCUCCCACACCCACGCCGUUUACACCGUUGCCUUCAAAGGCUUGA